CUCGCGAAUGUGAGGGUGUGAGGCGUGCGUGCCCGCCUGAACAACCACUUGAAACUUGUGUCAGCAGAGAGAGAAAAAGUUAGUCGCUGGCUGAGUAUGCCUGUGCACAAGUGAUGGCUCCGUUGUUUCUGUCACCGGCAAGCGACACAUGAAGCAGCCACGGUUACAACACCGGCGCUUCGGGGAGGAUGCGUCGCUAUCUUUGCGGCCGCUUGGUGCUCCUGUGGCUCGCUGUGUGCGAAGCGACGGCGCACGGGGGGGUGCGCCUGCUGUUUGCCAACCGCAAGGACAUCCGGCUGUUGGAACUGGAUGUGGCAGGUCGCCGUGCCAAUGGCUCCCGAGUGCUGGUAGACGGUCUGGAGGAUGCAGCGGCAUUGGACUUCCUCUACGAGGGAGGUCUACUCUUCUGGACCGAUGUCGGACUGGAGGUAAUCCGACGUCGCUCGCCAGACGGCACCGACCUCACCGUGGCCUCAAUGGGGGUGGUGUCACCCGAUGGGCUGGCUUGCGACUGGGUGGGUCGCAAGCUCUACUGGACCGACUCCGAGACAAACCGUCUCGAGGUGGCCGAGCUGGACGGCUCACACCGCAAGGUUCUGCUCUGGCGGGAUCUGGACCAGCCGCGUGCCAUUGCGUUGGUGCCCACAGAUGGACUGCUCUUCUGGACUGACUGGGGUGACGUGCCAAAGAUUGAACGGGCCAGCAUGGACGGUAACCUGACCACUCGCAAGGUGAUUGUGCGCGAAGACAUCUUCUGGCCGAAUGGGCUCACUGUGGACUACGAGGCGCGCAGGAUCUACUGGGUGGACGCCAAGCUGAAGCUGAUCUCUUCUAUGGGCUAUGACGGGGAGGACCGGGCAGUAGUCAUCCAUGGCUCCCUCUCGCUGCCCUUUGCCCUGACGGUUUUGGGGGACACGCUGUACUGGACGGACUGGCAGCUGCGGGCAGUGCUGUCAUGCUCCAAGCAGACUGGGGGCCACAAGCGCACAGUGCUGGUGGGAGAGCUGGACCCCAUGGACAUCCAGGCGUACAGUCCUCUGCGACAACCCAAGGGUGAGGGCUCCCAGUGCAGCUACAACAAUGGCGGCUGCUCUCACCUGUGCCUGGUGUCAUCCGAGGCACCCUUCUACAGCUGUGCCUGUCCAACUGGUGUACGGCUCCUCAACGACUCGCGCACCUGCGCUAAAGGUGCGGAGCAGAUCCUACUGCUGGCACGCCGCAAGGAUUUGCGGCGUAUCUCACUGGACACGCCGGAUUACACCGAUGUGGUUUUGCCCCUGCGAGGUCUCAAGCAUGCCAUAGCGCUGGACUAUGACCCUGUCGAGGGCCGUGUUUACUGGACAGAUGAUGAGCUUUGUCUGAUCCAACGGGCAUUCCUCAACGGUACGGGCCAGGAGGCUGUGGUGACACUUGAAGUGCAGCACCCCGAUGGCCUAGCUGUAGAUGUGGUGGCGCGCAACCUCUACUGGACAGACACGGGCACGGACCGCAUUGAGGUGGCCCGACUCAAUGGCACUGCACGCAAGGUCCUCAUUGCCGAGGGCCUCGCCGAGCCUCGAGCCAUUGUGCUUGAUCCACCACAGGGGUGGAUGUACUGGACGGACUGGGGUCAACCGGCGAAGAUUGAGCGAGCAGCCUUGGAUGGGAGCGAGCGGCGCGUGCUUGUCUCCACUGACCUGGGCUGGCCUAAUGGGCUGGCGCUGGAUGCACGAGAUGGCCGGCUGUACUGGGCGGAUGCACGCACUGACCGCAUUGAGAGCAGCCGCCUGGAUGGCUCGGACCGGAGGGUGCUGCUUGACAACCAGCUUCCACACGUCUUUGGCUUCACAUUGCUCGGGCAGUACAUCUACUGGACUGACUGGCAGGGCCGCUCGAUUGAGCGGUUGCACAAGCGCACCGGGGAACGGCUGGUGAUCCUGGACCAGCUGCCUGAUCUGAUGGGAAUCAAGGCAGUGAGCGUGCAUGCCCGGCCGGGUGAGAACGACUGCAGCCGUGCCAACGGGGGCUGCUCUCACCUGUGCCUGCAGCGUCCUCGGGGUGGUCGUGUGUGUGCCUGCCCUACAGGGUUGGAGCUGCGUGCCGACCUGCGCGGUUGCACCGUGGCCGAGGCAUUCCUGCUUUAUGCGCAGCACAAUGACAUCAGACGCAUCUCGCUGCAGUCACGCCGUACCGACCAGAUUCCACUGGCAGGCGUGCGAGAAGUGGCUGCCCUUGACUAUGACGGCAACGAUGGCCGCCUUUACUGGUCCGACAAGGCACUCAAGCGCAUCAGUCGUGCUUUCCUCAAUGGGAGCCAGCUGGAGUCGAUAGUCGAGUUUGGGCUGGAGCUGCCGGAGAGCCUGGCAGUGGACUGGGUAGGACGCAACCUCUACUGGGCUGACCUGGGCCUCAAGCGCAUCGAGGUGUCGCGGCUUGAUGGUCAGGCACGUCGCGUGCUGCUGUGGCAGCAGCUGGAUGAACCCCAGGCGCUCGUCCUGGAGCCCAACCACCGGUGGAUGUUUUGGAGUGACUGGGGCGGCAAGGACCCCCGCAUCGAACGGGCUGCCCUAGAUGGCAGCCAGCGCCUGCGCUUGCCCAUCCAGGUGGGCCGUGUGAACAGUCUCACCAUUGAUCACGCAGAACAGCGCCUCUACUGGAUAGACAUUGAUGCCAACCACAUUGAGUGCUGCGACAUGGAUGGCAAUCGACAGCGAGUGGCCGUGCCAGCGGCGGCAGCGCAGCGGCCCUUUGGGUUGACCCAGUACCAGGAGUACCUGUACUGGACUGACCUGGAAGGUCACAGCAUUGAGCGGGCUCUCAAGAGCACAGGUGCCAAUCGCAGUCGCCUGCUGGGACAGCUCAAGUACAUCGACGACCUGCUCGUCUUUCACACCUCUCGUCAAGCUGGCUGGAACCAGUGUGCGGUGUACAACGGGGGAUGCUCCCAUCUGUGCCUGGGUGUGCCGGGCCUGCGGGGCUUUCAGUGCGCAUGCCCCACCCACCAUUUGCUGGGGUCCAAUAACCGCACCUGCCAGCGCCCACCCAGCUUCCUGCUGUUCAGCCAGAAGUCCAGCAUUAGCCGACUUGGCUUGAAUGCUGACGACUCUCCAGACAUAAUGCUGCCCAUCCAAGGCCUCAAGAACAUUCGCGCCUUGGAAUUCGACCCUGUUGCAGAUUUCCUCUACUGGAUUGAUGGCAAGUCGCACGUUAUCCGCCGAAGCCGGGACAAUGGAACCCAGGUGACAACGGUGGCGGUCGGCACGGGCACUCAUCCGUUUGCUCUGGCACUGGACCCGUACGCACGCCAGCUCUUCUGGAGCUGCAGCCAGGGCAACCUAAUCAACAUCAGCUCACUGGAUGGUGGGCGUCCGCUGGGCAUCUUACUGGCUUCAGGCGAGGAUCGGCCCAGACAUCUUGCCCUGCACCCACACCUGGGGGUACUCGUGUGGAGCAACCUAGUGAAUCCCACCUUGAUCGAGCGCUCCUUUGUGGACGGCUCAGCACGUCAGACACUCGUGUCUAAGGAGCUUCGGCAGCCAGGGGCCCUUGCAAUGGACUGCCCCGAGGAGCGCCUCUACUGGUCGGACCUUGAGUUGCGACGAGUUGAACAUGUGCAGCUCAAUGGGGAGCAAAGGAAAGUGCUGCUGUCCAACGUGCAAGCAAAUGCCCUGGCCGUGUUUGGAGACCAGCUCUUCAUCCUGGACCGGGUCGAACAAUGCAUUCUGCGCGCUCACAAGCUGAGUGGUGCUGACAUGCGGCCUCUACAGGCCCGGCGGCCCCAGCUGAGUGCGCUGGUGGCAGUACGGCGGCCAGCAGCGGCGGAGACGGCUCAACCGUGCACGGAUCACCGCUGUUCCCACUUGUGUCGUGCAGUACGAGGGCGCGCGCAGUGCACCUGCCCUCCAGGACUGGUGCUGCGUGGCAGCAACGAAUGUGUAACUGCAGCACGGUGCAGUGCCGAGCGUGAGUUUGGCUGUGCCACAGGUGGCUGCGUGCCCGUGGAGGUUCGCUGUGAUGGAGCCGCCGACUGUGCCGACCGCUCGGACGAACUCGACUGCCCCCCGGGCUGUGCACCGGGCACGGAGUUCCGCUGCCGCGACGGCGGCUGUGUGCCCAAGCCGCGCCUGUGCGACGGCACUGCCGACUGUGCCGACGAGUCGGACGAGUUGUGCUGCGGCGCCGAUCGGUUUGCCUGCCAUUCGCGUGACCAGUGCAUUGACCGGUCGCGUGUGUGUGAUCGGCGACCCGACUGUGCCGACCGUUCGGACGAGCUCGUGUGUGAGGCCGUAAGCAGCGCCGGUCGCACGGCCACCACCACUGUGGUCCUGCUCAUCGUGUUUGGCUCACUGACGGUGCUGCUGGCCAUUGGCCUCUGCUGCUACCAGCAGCGCACACGCACGGCCCCCGCCGCUGCACCACACGCCGCCGCCUAUCGUAUGCUGCCGUAUCCAAAGCCACCGGCAGCCCCACCGCCGUCCAGUACCGCAUCCAGCAAUGGCUACCCGCGUGAGACGCUCAACCCUCCACCUAGCCCUGCCACACUGUAUGGCGGCCCCACGCCGUGCUCAACGGACGUGUGCGAUGACAGUGAACCGUGCCGGUGCGAUGACUCCCUCUAUGACUCGGACCCCAACCCACCACCGCCAACACCACGCAGCCGUGGCUGUGUCUCGGAUGCCAGCUGCCCGCCGUCACCGCUCAAUGAGCGGGCCUUCUGCCACCCUCCUCCACCGUCACCCGUGCCAGAGUCAGACUACUGAGUGUGUACAGGACAUGUUGCUCAUUUUUGUACAAAGUGCCAUCCCAAGUAAAGCACACGUGUCAUUCCUUGCUAACAGGAGCAAGGAUUUGUUGAUUUUGCCACAGCAUGCAGAAAAUGCAUGUAUGGCACCACAGGGUACAAAUCGGAAUGUUGGUUGUACGUACAAGCAAACAGCUGGCAUCAGCACAGAAUGACCAGAGUGGACAGGGUGUGGGCAGAUAAAUGCCUGUUUGGUCAUCCGUACCAGGGCCCCACUCUGUUAACAGAUGGGUUUUAACUAAACUCCUUAUACUUACUUGGCACUGUAGGUGGUGCAAACUUUUUUUUUUUGUACACGUGUUCACAAAAGAAAGUACUGUAUGUAAGAGUGCCAACACACCAACUAAAGGAA